ACAGUCUCCCUUUUCUGGAUAUGCUAGUCCAUCGCACUCAAGAUAAUAGUCUCAAAACAGAAUGGUAUCGAAAACCGAUUUCUAGCAAUAGAUUCAUAAAUUACUAUUCUGAACAUCCUACAAGAACAAAAAUAAAAUUAAUUUUGGGACUAAAAAGUCGAGUAAUAAAAAUAUCUCAUCCAACAUAUAGAGAAAAGAGUUUGAAGAGACUAAAAAACAUAUUAAUGGAAAACUCUUAUCCAGUAGGACUACUUAAUAAAUUAAUUUUUAGUACUGCUACCUCUCCAGCUUCCAUCACAUUGAUUGACAAUACCAACAAUAAAAAACCACCCACAGUGAAUAUGGCAAGCCAAGAAAGAAACACUAGCCCAACAAUCGACACCUUAGUACCAACAACACCACAAACAUUUGGAUCUUUACCUUAUAUUCCAUUCUUAACACCAAAACUUCUCAAAUUAUUUAAAGGACUCGAAAACAUAAAAAUUGCUACCAGAAACGUUAAAACUAUAGCACAUUUAUACACCAAAACUAAAGAUCCACUUACGACUAAGGAAAGUUCAAAAGUUGUGUAUCAAAUACCUUGCUCAGACUGCGAUAAGGUUUAUAUAGGAGAAACAUCUCGGACAUUACACAGCAGAAUAAUUUCCCACAGAAGUGAUAUUAAUACAAAAAAAUCGCAAGCUUGUGCAUUAGCAGAUCACUCAAUUAAUCUAAAUCAUACAUUUAAUUUUUCACAAGCGUCAAUCUUAGAGAGGGUGAAAAAUGAACAGAAAAGGUUAUUUGUAGAAAUGACACACAUCCAGAAAAAUAGAAAAUGUAUAAAUAGAAAGUCAGAUAUAGACAAAUUAAGUAACAUUUAUUGUUACAUAUUAGCAUAUCAACAAACAUUUGACACAACAUCAUAAUCUGAUUUUCUAUCGUACAUUCCACCAUUAAAAAUUCAUUUUAUGCUGGUAGACACAUUGACUGGACUAAUUUACUUUACAUCAAUCAAAUUAAUAACUGUAAUUAUAAAAAAAAACUAUUGUUACUGGUUUUGCUUUCCUUCUAAAGAAAUGGUAUACACUUCAUACAUGUUGAACAACGAACCAUGGACACAACAUAAUGUAAUAGAUUGACUAAAAUUAUUUAAAUAUUUUAAUAUGUGUGUGAUUGUCCUUCUAGUAAAGUUUCAACUUUUUCAACCAAUCUCAACGACUAAUGUCUUGAAAAAGAAUUAAAUAUAAUUCGAAAGCUUGACAGUAAGUCAAAGAGUUUUCUUUGUCUUGUGGGCCAAAUAAACUGACUGCAUCCUCAAGAGUCACUACUUGAU